CUCAACUCUACCAAUGACUUUCCUUAAGCAAGGAGAAGAGAUUUAGCAUAAAAAGUGGAGAAGAUUUGCCAAGAAUACUUUUUUUUAGUGGACACUUGCACAGGGUGAUAGCAGAUUAUGAAUCAAAACAUGGACGUAGGAUAUGUUCAGCAUUCAAUGGAAGAUAUACAGAUUUUUAGGACCCAACCAAGACAGCCUAAUAAGAUAGAUGGAAUUUGCCAAACAGAUGGCAGUCUGUGUAAUUCAAAUCUUCCAUCUCAAAAUUUCUACCCAUAUUCAGCUCAUUAUACACACAUGCAUAUGAAUUCCAGCAGUGACUUGGAAAUUUUUGAAGCAGUAAGAAUUCGAGAACUAGAAGAAGUCAAAGCCAGAGCUGCCCAAAUGGAGAAAACUAUGCGCUGGUGGUCAGACUGUACUGCUAAUUGGAGGGAGAAAUGGAGCAAAGUUAGAGCAGAAAGAAAUAAAGCCCGAGAAGAAGCCAGACAAUUGAGAAUAAAAUUGGAAAGUGUUGUAAAAGAACUGAGUAUGCUUAAAAAGAUAAACCAGGAUUUAGUAACUGAGAAAGAAAGUUUAGAAAAUGUAACUACUUGGAAAACAGAAUAUUUCAGUUCCUCAGAAAUAUCUCAUAUAAAAAAAGACCUAAACCAAUUAACAUUUUUGGAACAAGAACAUGUGGAAGAACUAAACAAAACCAACAGAAUUCCUUGGGCAGAAGACUCAAACAAGGAUGUGGAGUUAAUCAAACAGCCCCUAAGAAGCAGUCAGAAUAAAAAAAUGGCUCCAAAGCAUCUUGAUUCCUUUCCCAGUGGAUUUACCAGUAUUUAUUUUGAGGAACCUAAAAAAGGUCUGCACAACGCAGCUCAGACACCAGAGAAUGAUUUAAUGCGUGCUUCUGUUCUGCAUUUGCAUUUGGCUGAGUUACAGAAAAUCUUAACUAAAGAAAGAGAAAUGAAUGUAUUUCUGGAAAAAGAAGUGGAAAAGACAGAAAAUGAAUUAGCACUUUGGAAGUUGAAAUAUGAAGAACUAAAACAGUCUAAACUGGAAAGUCUGAACCAGCUGGAAAGAUGGCAGUUUGAGAAUACCUCUGAAUGGGGAAAGAGAGAGAGACCUGAUGCACAAAUGCAAAGUUUGGAAGAAGAGAGAAGAAGGUUGAAGUUGCAAGUGAAAGAAAUUCAGGAACUUCUGGAGAUGAAAAAUAAAGCAGUACCAAUUAAAUUGACUUGUGAUCAUCAAAAUGAUCAUCAAAAUGCACAAAGUAAUCUGCCAGUUAAAAAUAAGAUUAAAGAGACAGAAGAAAAUGAGCUCAGAAUCUGGGACCAGGCAAAGUUCCUUGUAUGUUGUUGGAGAUUCCACCAAGACAGCGAAUGAAGACAUGAGACAUUACCUGCUGCAACAAGGCUAACAGGAAAUAAAGGGGCAAAAUACUUAAUGACUUCAUAAGACUUACGGGAAAAUUAAAUAAUGGAAGUACAUGCAACAUACAUUGAAACACUACAUUCACUUUUUCUAUGUAUUUGACAUUUUCAGUAAGGACCGUAGAAAUGUGUCAUUGUUCACCAGCUUAGAAUAUUUUGCAGUUUGUUCUUCCUUCUCCUUUGUCUUAAUUGCCAUCUUCUAAAGCAAAAGAGGGAUUCUAACUGAUGUAGCCCAUAAUUUAAUUUUGAGGGAAAAAAAAGUACAAUUUACAUGGCAAAGGAGGGAGUUUCAUAGUUGGUUCUGUGAAGACAGUGAGUCUGGAAUGGAAGUCAGUGCUUUUUGCCUUGUCCCUUUCUUUUAUUUUGUUUUUUCAUACAGCAAUGGGAAAUAACUAUUUCUCAGUUUCACUAGUUCUGCCAGAGUAACAUGUUGUAGUUAAAUCUAACAUUUCUCUCCCUACUAAUUUACUGCAAACUCCUUCUAAAUCUGCUUCAUUGUUUUUGUAGUUGCUUUUUCUUUUUUUUUCUUUUUUAUUGAAUUUGUUUAGGACCAUAGAAAAAAAGAAUUAUUACUUCCAUAGUUAGUAUCUUUGCUGUGGAAAUUGGUGUGAAUACAGUGUGUCUCAUUUAAAUUUUGAUUAGAUUUAAGUGUCUAAGGAUUUAUAAAAUUUGUGAAUGAAAAACAUGAAAGGUUAACAAUUACAUAAGAAUCGUGUUUUGCCUAGGAAUUUGUGAGCUGCUGGAGUUAGAACAACUUCAUGACAUCCCAUUGUGUAACAUAAUGAAUGUAAUGAACAUAAUGAAAAUGUUAGUGUGGGCCAUAGCAGUUGAAUGUGCAUAAUUAUUGAUUUUUAAAUGCUGUAAUAGCCAAAUGUACUUCUAUGGUUGCACUGAAAUACCUGAAAAUAUACUGAUGUCAGAAAACAA